UUGAUUUUAAUUUUGUUUCAGUUUAGUAUUUGCAAAAGUGACCAUUAGGACAUAACUUUGUUCUCUCUGAGCUAAUCAUUAGCUGCAUGGGAUCAUGCUUGUGCGAAUCUCAGUACUGCAAACGGAAGAAAUAUGUUUGCCGAAGAUACUACAGAUGGGGACGAGGAGUCAUCAUGGGUGGGAUGCUCUCAUCCUUUUUCCAGUCAAGUACAGCACUGCUGACCUCCAGCAACCACCGAGCUGUGUCAGAGAACACUAAGAAAAACAUCAGAACAGUUUUUGAUGCCUUGAGGGCCAACCCAAGAGUGACAGUGGCAAGACUUGAGGGGCUUCUUUCAACAAUACCAAAGAAUGAAAAUGUUCUCUACGUUUACAACGAGGAAGGCUACAACCUCCUGCAGAAGGUGGUUGGCAUUAACAAUGUGGAGAUGGUGCGCUGGGUACUCACCCGUAAUGUGGAUGUCAACAGAGGGGUCUGCUCUCUCCCUCUGCACAUCGCCUGUCUCAGAGGGUUUGAGGAGAGCGUCGAGGUGCUGCUGAGAGCUGGAGCUCGUACGGACGUCGAGGCUCGCAUGUGCUGGCCAGGACCUCACAAUCAGAACUGUGAACAGCGCGCCAAAUAUAGCGCUCCAGACGUGGCUCCACAAUGUGACCGGUCCAGUGACAAGUUUAAAAACGCUAUAUAUUAUGCCAUUGAUGGUGACCAGGUGAACAUCCUUAGCUUGCUGACGCAGCAGAACGACGAGCGCUGGCUGCCGUGGCACCAGAAGACGCCGCUGCUGCACCUCGCCUGCGAGCGCGGCGCCUGGAACUGCGUCAGGCAUCUCACUGCCGAGCGGCCAGAUGAGAUCAACCAGUGUUGUGACGAGAACUACCCCAUCCACCAGGCAGCGCUGCACCACAUCAAGUUCCUCGAGCUCCUCAUAAGCAUGGGGGCUGAUACCUCCGUCAGAACCUCCACGCAGCAGAUGACUGUACUUCACGUUGUUUUUCUCCUGGGCAAGAAGAGUGCCGAUGACACGCUGGAGACGGUGAAGUUAUUGUUGCAACACGGCCUCAAGGAACACAUCAACACUCCUGACUCCCUGGGCAACACGCCUCUACACGCACUCUUUGUCAGAUAUGCAUUGGAAGAGGGCCGUUAUGGAUACAACCAGGACCCGCCGCCCUGGAACAAGUGGGAGCUGCUGCACAUCGUGCGGUAUCUGCUGCAGCACGGCGCCCGCGCCAGCAUUAAUCAGCCCGGCAACUCUGCCCUCGCCAGCGUCCUCAGACAUGUCAAAGACUGGGAGUUCAGGUACGAGCUGCUCGACAUGCUGCUUGCGAAUGGAGGCAACCCCAACCUUGUGGGCCGCGACGGUUCAGUGCCGCUGAUGGUGUGCCUGGUGCCGCUCAUCAACAAGGACCCCUUGCAUCACUUCACGCACACCAUGAAGAUCUUCUAUUUGAAUUGCGUUCGGAUUUUGUGCAAGAACGGUGCGAACCCGAACUGUAGUUCUCGCUCUAACCUGACGCCGCUGCACGUGCUCAUGUUCACGGCGAGUGAGAACAUCGCGCUCAGCAGAGAGGAUAUGAAGGCGGGGGCGUUCUCUUUCAUCCAGCAGCUGCUGGUGAUUAUGCUGCAGCACGGCCUGGAUCCCAACGUUCGAUUCAGUGAACGGAGCCAGCAUAUCCUGUUAGCCCUCAUGGACAUGGUCCAGAACGCGCGGUCUCCCACUGACCUUGUAUACGUGCACGAGCUGACAGCCACGCUACUGCAGUACGGCGCUAACCCCAACAUUUGCAUCAGCUCAACUGAACCCAUCAUCUGCCACUCACAGUCGUCUGUGUUCCUCAAGCGCAGUGCUAAUCAGGUGCUUUACUACUACGUCCAGUUGCUAGUUCGCAAAGAAGAAUUAUUGAAAGACGCCGAGCAAAGGUUUGCUCGUUUGCUGUACCUGUACUACUACAGCAUGAACCACGUACCUCUCUACCAGUGUCUUAAAAUACUUCAUAGACAAACUACCUUGCUGCCAAUGAAACAACCUCUCGCUAAUAUAUUGGGGGAGCUGUACACGAAGCCACGAUCCCUGAAGCAGAUCUGCCGCGUGGUGAUCUACAACUCCCUGGGCAGAAGAGCGGCGCCUCUGGUUCCUAAACUGCCGCUGCCCCCGCGACUCAAGGAUUACAUCAUCAACCUUGAGGCCUGAGAGCGGCACAUCUGCCUUCACAAAUUAAUGUGCCUGCGACCCGGCAAUUGGCCUUGUCAUGUGGCUAUUGCAAAUUUGCUUACCGGGCAGUCUAGCUCAUCAUUUGCAAUUUGUCUUUCGUCCUUGAAGGGAAAAUUUAUUAUUCAUAUUACGUUUCCAAUUUGCCUUAUAAUAAUCUAUUUCUACGUUGAAAGCUAGCUGCUUCUUCUUAUUGAAAUUUAUAAUUAAUUUCAAAUUACACUAUUUAUUACUUAGUCUUUAUUUUCCUUUCAAAUUUAUUUGUUUUAAGCUCCUUGACUUUCACUGUAAUUCUUAUUUUUGACUGAAGACAUUUAUAUUAUAUUGACGACGCAGGAAAUAUUGUUUGAAUACACUCUUCUCCACUUGGGUGAUGUCUGUCUAAGUCAGCUCAGUCAUUGUAGCUUUAAACUGACGCCGCCUCUCUAGUUCAACAUAGAUACUUCUUCCUGCCCUAAACCUGUUAGUGUUGCUUGUGUAGAAAUUGACUCUAUUUAAAUUCUUGAACUACAGGACAAUCUUAACCAUUUCUGGGAAUUUAUUUCCAUAUGAUGCAUAGAGUCUUGCGAGAUGUGCACUUGAGCUUAUGGUAUUGAUUCUUUGAAUGUAUUGCCCUGCUCGUGGUAUGAAUUUUUGAACGCAAAAAUAUAAUGUUCUUGGUGUCGUUGUUGGGGCAGUUACUCGUACGCUAUCACGCCUGUCUUCGCUCCGGCUCAGACUUCGGAUACGAUGUCUUGGUGUGAUGUCUGUUCACUACUAAAUACGAUCAUUUUUCUUCAUGCAAUUUCAUGGAGUUGAGCGAGAAAGCUUCUUGUUAACCUUAAUUGUAGAUCAUGGGCAAUUGUUUCUUCUUUAUAUCAUACGAAUUCGCGAAGAGCACUUCUUUAGAUUAUUUUUGCGUGUAUUCCGUUCUGUUGCUAAAACGGAACUAUAUCAACUUAAUUUUAAGAACAAAUAUCCACUCUUGUUUAAUAUGCUCACACUGUUUGUUGUAAAUGAUCUAAGAUCAUAGACAAUUCUGUAUCAUAAUAUACCUAUACAAUAUCUAGACUGGUAAGCUCUGAGUGACUCUGUAAUGCAGAUAUCGUUUUCCUUGCCAUAUCGGAAAGUUAUUAUUUGAAAGUGGAAAUAGCAGAAAAAUUUAUAUUAUUUAGUUAAAAUCUAUCCUGUUGAAUGUUAAUGUUAGAUACUAGAGUUAUAGAUUUCGCAAAACAAUGUUUGAGUUACGCCAUCAUUAUGCUGUGCUGAGCUAAACCGCUAGAGUUUUUGGGCAUUUUUCUUUAGUGUAAUAAAUUCCAUUAUUGUCCAGCGUCUAUCACAAGGUGAAUAUGCACCAUUUAACAUGUCUUUUCGAUUUCAAAAAGAAUUUUCUCCGCCUACAUUGUUCAUAAUUUUCGCGUUCCACCUUCGUUCCUUUAAUGACUAGAUGUUUGGAAUUCAUUUGCAUUGAGUUGAAUAACCGUUCUAUCAUCAAUGUUAAAAAGAUUGUUUUCUGCCACGAACGGUUUAACUAAAUUCUUUAAAUGCUUCUUCUGUUCUACAGAGCGACGGCAAUUAACAUAUGUUUUGGGACCUGCACGGUGUUUAAACUGUCAUAAAUUACAAUAAAUCGUGGAUGUUGAGUAAAAUUAAGUUACCUUAGUCGGAGAAAUACGUGAUAAUCAAUAGCCAUCGUGAUAGUGCUAGCGGUUAUGGAUUGCAAUGACCUUCUAGUCUUUCUCUUAUUCUCGCUGUAGUUUAUGGUUACCUAUAAUUUGCUGAUCAUAGUUAGCCGGCACACCUUGUACAAAACUUUUUCUCUGUGGAUGAGGUGAGCAUAUAAGCACAGUGUGUAUUUUGUUUACUAUAUUCAUGUUGAAUCUCAUAAAAUAUGCGUGGAAAUGAAGUCCUGCUGUUUUGAACGUAUUGUUUUUACGCACUUCAUUAUGAACAAGGCAUUGUACACUUCUCUUCGCGAGACUUUACGGAGAGUUGUGGAGUUACCGCGUGUAUGGUUCUUUAUUUUAGUUAUUAUUAGAAUAUUUCAUUGAGAAAUUAUUUUUUCUCAU